GCUCCUCCUCGUGACCCAGAAUAUCUCCCCCCUCCCUGUGAUGAUGAGCUUGCUUUUCCAUAAGGGCUUUCCUUUGAUUCAGGGAAUGGGCCAACCAAUGAGAGAGGGGCAUGUUAGAUUAUUUUGGGGAAGGGCUCAUGCCAGGAGGGUUCACUUUUACUAGGCGCCAAGUGUCCCCAGCAACCAGUGUCUCCUGUACCAGUGGGAACUCCAGAACUCUCACCCCCUUGCCUGCCUCUGCCUCGUCUUUGCCCACGGAACAGCCAUGAGAAGGCAGCUCCGGUCCAGAAGGGCUCCGGCCUCUCCUUACGGUUAUCGCUCCAGACUUGACGAUCAGGAUGAAGUGAACCAGAACUACUUAGCAGAUGAAGAGGAAGAAGCUGAAGAAGAAGCUCGGGUGACGGUGGUACCCGAUCUGGAGGAGGAGGAGGAGGAAGAGGAGGAGGAGGAAGAAGAGGAGGAGGAGGAAGAGGAGGCGAAGGCGGAGGAAAAGGGUCGGGGUCAGCCAGCAGGCAAUGCCUGGUGGCAGAGAUGGCAGAUCGUGAACGAAUACCUGUGGGAUCCGGAGAAAAGGAUGUCUCUGGCCCGAACAGGUCAGAGUUGGAGCCUGAUUUUAGUCAUUUACUUCUUCUUCUAUGCCUCCCUGGCUGCUGUGGUCACUCUCUGCAUGUACACGCUAUUUCUGACCAUCAGUCCUUACAUGCCGACCUUCACCGAGAGGGUGAAGCCUCCUGGAGUUAUGAUUAGACCCUUCGCCCAUAGCCUUAACUUCAACUUCAACGUUUCUGAACCUGACACUUGGCAGCAUUAUGUCAUUAGCCUAAAUGGCUUUCUCCAGGGUUACAAUGACAGUCUUCAAGAGGAGAUGAAUGUAGAUUGUCCCCCGGGGCAGUACUUCAUCCAAGAUGGCGAUGAGGAGGAAGACAAGAAGGCCUGCCAAUUUAAGCGCUCCUUCUUGAAGAACUGCUCUGGCUUGGAAGACCCUACUUUUGGCUACUCUACUGGACAGCCUUGCAUCCUUCUAAAGAUGAACCGGAUUGUAGGCUUUCGUCCUGAGCUUGGGGAUCCUGUGAAGGUGUCCUGCAAAGUUCAGAGAGGCGAUGAAAAUGACAUCCGAUCCAUCAAUUACUACCCAGAGUCGGCUUCUUUCGACCUUCGCUACUACCCUUACUAUGGCAAACUGACUCACGUUAACUACACCUCCCCGCUGGUGGCAAUGCACUUCACAGACGUGGUGAAGAACCGAGCGGUGCCUGUCCAGUGCCAGCUGAAGGGCAAGGGCAUCGUAAAUGAUGUCAUCGAUGAUCGUUUUGUGGGGAGGGUGAUCUUUACUCUGAACAUAGAAACCUAAGAACUUUGCGGGGCACUCCCACUAGUCCUGUUUCUGUUUUAUGUCAUGUAACCACCUGGUAGGACCUGAAUUCUUUUUCUUCGCUCAGGACACAGCCAGAUGGACACCUAAGACAGCAGAUCAUCUUUCCUUGCCUUUGACAUAUGUAUAAAAUGACAUUGUGGGAUUGAUUUUUUAAAGGUAGUCUCUCCUGAUAACAAAUAGAUGAUUUUAAUUUCCUUUCCCCCUACUUUUAAAGCUAAAACCCAUUCGUGCUGCUAGAGGUCUCACCAUAGUGUAAACGUAGUAUCUGAUAAAAUUCACAAGAGCCAUGAAGGAGAAUUUCGAUAACGAUUUUAAAUUCAUCGUGUUUUGUAAAAUUUUGUUGUUUUUAGAGGUGAGAUUCCUCCCAACCAGGCUGAUAAGCUUUUUUUUGUUUCUGGUUGUGGUUGUUUUUUUUUUUUUUAAUUUUUUCUUAACCUACCUGGCAAGUUCCUUCCCUGGGAAUCCCCAAUCAGACCAACUCAGAAUACACCUAGGGCUAUCAUACCUAGAGAACUCUAUAUCCAAGGGUGCUUGAGGAACUGGCUGUCUCAUAUGGGCAACUAAAUAAUACUGAUUUGAAGACUAGGUUAUCUUCAACUGGGACACAAAGCAGUGCUAACUGGAUAUCGUUCUGGAAUACAAAUGAACACCUUUCCUAUGACUUUUGGGGGGAGGUGAGGUCCAUAGCAACUGGGGCGAAUACUUACCAUGUGGAUGUGAUUGGCAUUUGAUUCCUUGCUCUGUGGUGUGAUCAUCCAAAGGCAAACAUUCCUGCACACAGGUUUGUCUCCGCUGCAGGCAAAAGAGAAAACGAGGAAGAUCUCCACCCGCUAAUUAUUCUUGGGCCCUAUGCCUGGCAGUGGUAUAAGGUCCUUUGAGACCAUCCGGGAGGGGCAUUGGUGAGCCCCCGCUACAGCUCUAGGGAUUGAAAUCACGGUCUGCCCACUGAUACACAGUAAGACAGA